AUGAAUUACCUGUACAGUAACGAGAUAAAGGCCAUGCUUUAUUCAUUUGGUGACAGCAGAAAUCCCUCAAUACAGACCGCCCAAUACGUGGAAAGUGUUCUGAAAACACAAAUACAGCGGUUUCUUUCGGCUGCCAACAACAUACGAAUCAGCAGACGGGGUAAACUCAUUAACUUGGAAGACAUUGGAUUUGUUAUCCGCAAAGAUCCUUUUAAAUUGCAGCGUUUGCUCAAUUUUAUACACUUCAGGGAGAUUAAGGGAAAGCUGGAGAGCAAAUUAGAAUUCCAAUCGAGUGAAGCAGAGUUUACCGAUAUAAAACCGUUGUGUGAGGACACCAAUAAUAAAUCGGACGUGGACACUCAUUUGAUAAAAAUAGAGCCCGAUCUGUCGAAGGUUUCUGGUAAUGAGAAGAAGUUCUCAUGGAUGUUGCCUAUGAGAGGCGUGGACACAUUUCAACUUAACAGACUGCAGGAAAUUGACAACUUGACAGCUACCAUGAGCAAAGCAGAAUAUUUGGAGUUUGCUGAGUGCAGACAAUCGAGUUUUGUGUACCGAAAAACCAAGAAAUUCAGGGAAUUUGUUGGAAAUUGGAAGAUGCACGACAACAUUAUUGAUGUUCUUGGUUACAUAUGCUAUGAGAUGGUGUACAACAUUGUAUCUAUGGUCUUAGCGCUACGUGAUAAGCGGAGAGGGUAUAAGGUAAAGUUUGGACAGAAUGUGCCGAUUACCGUCGAUGAGAUUGAUGAGGUGUGCUGGUAUGUCCUAAAACAGAACAAAUUAUUUUUUUAG